CCGUGGUGCAGCCCAAGGCGGAAGCGGCUUCCUGACGGAACCGGCUCACGAGCGUCGUUAUGGCUGCGGGCAUCCCCUGUGCUCUAAUCACCAGCUGCUCCUCCACCUUCACCGGAGACCGGCUGGUCCAACUGCAUCUCUAACCCAUCCUGCUGUCAAUAGUGUUGUCACAUGUGCAAAAAACUGAACUGGGAAGGAGGAAAUGAACAUUUACUGAGGGCCUACUGUGUGUACUUUCUUAUGUGUUGUUUCACUUAAUCUUCAAGAAGCCAUUUGGGAAGUGUUUUUGUCCCCAUUUGCAGAUAUCCUUGGAACAGAAGAUCUUAUUGUGGAAGCGACAUCCACUGAUGCUGUGAGAUUUUAUCCUUGGACCAUUGAUAAUAAAUACUAUUCGGCGGAUAUCAAUCUGUGCGUAGUGCCAAACAAGUUUCUCAUCACUGCAGAGAUCGCAGAGUCUGUCCAAGCAUUUGUGGUUUACUUUGACAGCACACAAAAAUCUGGUCUUGAUAGUGUCUCCACGUGGCUUCCACUGGUAGAAGGAUGGUUACCUGAGGUGAUGAUCUUGGUCUGUGAUAGAGUGUCUGAAAAUGGUGUAAACCGACAAAAAGCUCAAGAAUGGUGUAUCAAACAUGGCUUUGAAUUGGUAGAACUUAGUCCGGAAGAGUUGCCUGAGGACGAUGAUGACUUCCCAGAAUCUACAGGAGUAAAGCGAAUUGUUCAAGCCUUGAAUGCCAAUGUGUGGUCCAAUGUAGUGAUGAAGAAUGAUAGGAACCAAGGCUUUAGCCUUCUCAGCUCAUUGGCUGGAGCAAACCAUAGCAUUGGGUCAGCAGAGACCUGUCACUCAGAGCAGCCUUGUUUGCCAGCAGCAGAUAGGACUGAAUCCCUCUUAGAUCCUCGGGGUGGUGCAUCUAACACAGCAGACGCUCAGGUUGAUAACAUUGUGGAUCCCAUGUUAGAUCUGGAUAUUCAAGAAUUAGCCAGCCUUACUACAGGUGGAGGAGAUUUGGAGAAUUUUGAAAGACUAUUUUCCAAAUUAAAGGAAAUGAAAGACAAGGCUGCGACGCUUCCUCACGAGCAAAGAAAGUUGCAUGCAGAAAAGGUGGCCAAAGCAUUCUGGAUGGCAAUUGGAGGAGACAGAGAUGAAAUCGAAGGCCUUUCAUCUGAUGAAGAACACUAAUUUAUUCACACUAGGGUCUGACUAACAGAGAUGGUAACUCUCUCAACCUGAGAUAUUUCCCUACUGAACCCAGUUAGCUUUUGCUGAACUUCCCAUCAUCAUGUGGGCUGUCCGACUUGUUUAUAGGAUCCCCUUAAUUUUAGUGUUAAGUAGAAGGUUAAAGAGAAAGUUUUUCUUGCUCAGUAUAUUGUAGUAGGGAGGAGUAUGACGACAGUAAGGAGUGAGAAGUUUUCAAAUACACUUUUUUUGUUCUAGGAAUGGGAGUGGAUGAGAGGCUCAGAGGUCUGUGAUUUGCCCAAGUUGAAGAAAACCACCAAGCCAUUCAUAGUCAACCUUUUAAGUAGCAUUCCUUGUACUCACACUUGAUUACUGCAGGCCAGGAGCUUGUGCCACCUUCCCCGGGUGUUCUGGAUUUUUUGCUUGCAAGGAACUUGCUGCUCUGAACUUUGAUGCUUUUGGUGGGAAGAAAGGAAGCAGCUGCAGAUUUGAUUUGUGCCGUAGCAUAGAUGGGACCAAGGAUAGUGGCCGUCAGAUUAGUCUCUAGCUAAAAAAAUGCUUCCGGGCAUUUCAAUUAAAAUAGUGUCUGAGCUCAUGCUAGAAAGUAUUGAGAAGCCAGUGUGAAUUUUUAGACUGUAAUCAAUGAGGCAAAGGUUUUCUACUCUGGUAGGGAUAAAACAGACCUCUUUACCGUGCAUGCGUGCAUGCGUGCAUGCGUGCGUGUGUGUGUGUGUGUAUGUUUGCGCGUGUGCAUGAGACAGAGAGAAACUUAAGGAAUUCCCUGUAUGGGCCAUUAGAAAGUAUGUGAUCAUAUACUGAGAUUUUUGCAUUAGUAUUACUGUGAAGAAACUCUUCUUCCUUAGAGUUCUCCCCGGUACUUGAAAUGUCAGAGCUGUGUUGACACACUUUAUACCCUUGAUCCCUGCCAAAAUAGUAACAGUAAGGGAUGGGAGAGGUGGGAAAGGAUGUGAAACAUGAGGUAAUUAAUCCCUGAGUACCUUGUGUCACUUCCAGGGCUGAGCGGGUCAGCCCCAGGGAACCGAUCACCAAAGGGAAACUUUCCAAAGGAAGAGUAGGAAACACAGCAAAUAAAAAUCCUUAUUUCUGUUUUGUGUAGAUGUUGUAAUGCAUAUUAUGAACCUUCACUGAUAGUCACCGCCAUGGCUCUAAAUGGCACAGGCACCAGGGCUGGAUGGUGCUGGCACAUGGGCUGAGAACUGCUUCUUGGUCUAGUGUGCUAACAAGUAGAAACAAGUUUCAGACCCCUAUGUGCACCAUCUUCUAAGCACUGCAGAAUGUGAAACAGAUGGCAGAGGGAGUGGAGGGCUCAGAGUGCCAGGCCAGGGUGAUCACCAGAGGGAGGUUUCAGUGAUUGGAGCAUUCAGGAAGAGCCAGUCCAGGCAACUUUGGAGACUGUCUUCCUUGGUGACCUUUUUUUCCCCUUCCUUUUUACUAUUUAGAAAAGUCUUUGAGAUGAUAGUUUAUCAUGCCAUUAGUGUCUCUUUGAGGUGACUGCAUUAGCCAUUCAUAGGAAUGUAAGGGAAGUUGAAUCUGUGUUGCAAAAUGAAAGGUGGAACAUGUAUUUCUUAAAACAUAAAAGGUUUCAGAUAAUAUAUUAAGAUCACAUGGUUAGGGAAACAGACUAGAAAAAGCUGUGAACUUGAUUUUGUGGAUUAAACAAAGCCAGAUGAUUAAAAUGUGACUUAAUUUAUAAAGUCUGCUAAUAUGUAUUGUUAUGAUUUGUUGUUUUGUAAUAGGGGAUGUCAGAUUAGGCAUAAAUAGUGAAUAAUCCAAGAAUCUAAGAAUUUGUCAAACUUGCUGUCUUGGAAUCCAUCAUGCAUAUGUAUAAUAUCAAGUCAUAUUUUCAAGACCUCAA